UUGUUUUAAUGGCUUUGAACAUAACUAGUGUUUAAAGUACAUUAAAUUUCAGACAGAGCCUAUCUUGCUACACAGGAGGUCAUGGACUCAUUAGCAUCAUGCUCGUCUCUUUCUACUCCUCACAUACAUAGAUGAGAGUCUCUCCGAUGUGCAAUUCACUGUGUGUGUGUGUGUGUGUGUGUGUGUGUGUGUGUGUGUGUGCUGGGCAUCGUAUCCAGACCUUGUAUGUGAUAGGCAAGUGCUCUAUUAUAUUUGAGCCACAGCCCAGACCCUCUACAUACUUUAUGAUAAGAAACAUUAACACAAGGGACAAAGAAGGACUCUCUUGUAGAGAGCCAAAACUUGAGUGUAAAGUGAGGAAAAGGAAAUUGAAAUUCUUGGUGCUUUUCAAAGGAGCUGAAAAUGUUUGUGCCCUGGGCAGUUGCUCUGUGAAAAGAACAGUAAAAAUGUUUCAUUUUGUAGUCACUCUGAUUAAGGAAAGGUAAGGUUGAAAAACUGUGUCUUGGUUUCCUCCUGAUGAGACAGAAUGUCAGGAAAUUAAGGGGGAAACUGAAUGAAGAAACAGACAGACUCUGUAGCAUUCUGAGAGAGCUUAAUAAGUCUGACUUGGUUUUAAAAGCAGCCAUGUGAUAAGUGUUUUGGAUGUUGGGGCAGUGGUGAAUCUUGAGUACUUCCAUGUGAGAGUGUGUGUGCUUGCAUGCCUGUAACUAUAAUACUGGUGCUAGCCACAGCAUUCAUAAAGAACCUAUUGCACUGAGUGACAAGACUAUCCCAACCUGUCCUGGACAGAGGAAGUUCUCAAGAUGCAAGACCACAGUGGUGAAGUAGGGAAAGGCUGGGGUUGUAGCUCGGUUGGUAGUGUUUGCCUGGCAUACACCGGGGCUGCUCUCAGUCCUGUGUAAACUUAGCACUAAGGAGGGGGAAGCCAAUGAUCAGAAGUUCAAUGUUAUCUUCAGACCCUGCCUCAAGUGUGUGUGUGUGUGUGUGUGUGUGUGUGUGUGUGUGUGUGUGUAAAAGUCGUAGGCAAAUUAGGAUGAAUUUACAGGUGCAUUAUCUCAUCAAACUCACAAACAGACCUGACGAAGUGGGCACUCACAAUAUGACCAGAAAGUGGUAUGGAAUUUGUACACAGAAGCUGACACAGUCACUCUAUACAAGCUACACAUUCCUUAACGAGAAGCGCAGGAUCUGAGUCCAACUCUGGACUUCAGAGACUCAACCACCAGCUGGUGUGUCUUAGACCUCUUCAAGAUAAUCAUCUCUUAUUGUUACAUUCCUGGGCCAUUACUAAACACUUUCUCAAUUUCCCUUCUGUCACUAAUACUUCCCGCUGCUCAGCUCAGCCUCCUACCAAGGGAACCAGCAGGUCAAGCCCAGUCUUGUGUUUAAGCAUAGAAAUGGCCCCUCCUCUUAGCAACAGACGCUAAAGCCUGGUUAUCCACCACAGUGCCUGGGUACAAACCCCAUUAUGGUUAAAACUGCUCAGGGAACUCCCCAGGUUCCCAGGGGUGUUAUCUGGGAUAGCAAGUUUCCUCUUGUGGAUAUUAAUAUGUGACUGUGCUUCAUUUUUGUCCUCUGCAGAGACAUCAGGCUGUUCUAGGAAGUUCCAAGAAAUCUACUGAAAAGAAACAAAGAACAAACACUGCAAAGAGUGGAAAGUGGAGGAGGAUUUCUGCAGAACGCCACGCUACCUCUCCAUUCUUUGUCUUUCCUUCUCUCCCUUUCUGCCAGGGAACUCCCCGGGAUACCAACAUCUAUGACCUCAGAGAAACAGUUCCGUGCCAGAGUGUCCAGAGGGUCCGAAAACUCCGCUGCUGCUCUCAUCCCCGUUCUGCUCGAAGGAAUCGCAGAUUUCAAAGCAGCUGGAUGGGAGACUGAUCCUCCGAGGAACUGAGAACUCCUUAUUCUUUCGUCCAACGGAACAAUUAGAACAGGCACCAUGAGCUACCACGACUGCUCAUCUCAGGAGCUUGACAAAAAUGACUCCAUACAUCACAUGAGCCACUCCCAGGCGAGGCCAGAGCUGCCCCCUCUGCCUGUGUCUGCAAAUGAGGAGCCGUCAGAACUCUAUGAGACUGUCAUGUCUCACAGCUUUUAUCCCCCCUUGAUGCAACGUACAUCCUGGACCCUGGCCGUGCCCUUCAAAGAGCAGGACUGCCACCGUGGACCCAGUGACUCCAUCGGCAACAACUAUUCUUUGACGGCCCGGGACAUGAAGCUGAAAGACCUGUUGAAGGUCUACCAACCAGUCACCAUCAAUGUCCCUAGGGACAAGACCAGUAAGGUAUCUAAAGUCUCAUCAGAGCCCACUAAGAAGAAAAUGAAGUUGUCCUUGAAAUGCAAGGAGGAUGCUCCCAGGAUGCCACCAGCCUGCAAACUCUCGUCUUCCGCACCCAGGAAGAGUGACAGGGACUCGUGGGCAGUCCAGUCGGGAAGCAGACCCAUGAGUCCAGAACAACAGAUGGAUGUGAUGUUGCAAGAGGAGAUGGAAAUAGAAAGUAAAGAGAAAAAGCCAUCUGAGUUAGACCUGGAGAGAUACUAUUACUACUUGACCAACGGCAUCCGGAAAGACAUGAUUGCCCCCGAGGACGAGGAGGUGAUGGUGCGAAUUUACAAGUUGAUUCCUAAGGUGCUGCUGGCAACCCCAGCCCUGGAACCCCUGCAGGUCGCGCUCAGGUCUGAGAAGGAAAGAGACUAUUACUAUAGCCUCAUGAAAAGCAUUGUUGACUACAUCCUCAUGGACCCAAUGGAGAAGAAAAGGCUGUUCAUCGAGAGCAUCCCUCGCUUGUUUCCUCACAGAGUGAUCCGGGCCCCUGUGCCCUGGCACAAUGUCUACCAGAGCGCCAAGAAGUGGAACGAGGAGCAUUUGCACACAGUGAACCCCAUGAUGUACAACCUCAAGGAACUGUGGUUUGCAGAAUUUAAAGACCUCAGGUUUGUUCGAACAGCAGAUUUACUGGCUGGAAAACUGCCCCUGCUGCCUAAUGAGUACCAGGAUGUGAUUCAGAAGCACUGCCAGGAGGCACGGCAGAUCCUUCUCAGCAAGUGGAUCCCCACCUGUGCCCAGCUUUUUAUCUCCCAGAAGGAACACUGGGUCCGCUUUGCUCCCAAGAGCGACUACGACUCCUCUCGAAACAUUGAGGAAUAUUUUGCUUCCGUUGCCUCCUUCAUGUCCCUCCAGCUCAGGGAGUUGGUCAUUAAAUCCCUGGAGGAUCUCGUUUCCUUCUUCAUGAUACACAAGGAUGGAAAUGACUUUAAGGAACCUUACCAAGAAAUGGAUUUCUUUACACCUCAGCUAAUCAUGAUUCAGCUUGAAGUGCACGAGCCUAUCAUUGUCUUCAACCCAACUUUUGAUGAUUGCUGGGAAUUAAUAAAGAAUUCCUUCUUGGAAAUCAUUAAGAAUUCUGAUGGGAUACCCAAGGUGGAAUCUAUACUUUUCCCAGAGCUGAAAGGCUAUAACCUGAUCCUCGGAACUGUUAACCCUGAAGAAAGCCUUGUUUCUGAUUUUGUGAAUGAUACUUUUGAGGUAUUUAAGAAAAAUCAAGUUGGACCUCACAAAUACCUAAAUGUGUACAGGAAGUACGAGGACUUGCUGGAUAACACGGCAGAGCAAGGCAUCACCGAAUUCCUGAAUAAAAAUCACGAGAUUGAAGAUUUUGUGACGAGCAUCAAUCUCAUAAAAAAGAGGAGAAAUGAAAUUGCGUCCAUGCACACCACCGUGCCUUUGGCCAUGUUCUGUCUUAAUGCCUUGUUCCUAAAUCAUGACCUCUGUGAGCGAGCCCAAAAUCUUAAAGACCGUCUGAUUCAGUAUCAAGUGGAUGUAAACUGGGAAACUAAUACCAGCAUUUGUAAUCAGUACAACACCAUCGCUGAAAAAGUCAGUGAGAUCCCUGCCAACACCGCGGAGCUAGUGGCCCUCAUCGAAUACUUAAGGAAAUCCAGUGACGUCACUGUGUUCAAACUCAGGAGGCAACUUAGAGAUGCAAGUGAGAGGCUCGAGUUCCUGAUGGAUUAUGCAGACUUGCCCCAUGACGAUAUCAAACUUAACAGCACCCUGUUCCUCUGGCCUGACCAGAUAGAAGAUGUCUUUGAAAACAGCCGAAAUCUGCUCCUUAGCAAGAGGGAUCAGGCAGAGAUGGACCUAAUAAAAAGGUGCUCAGAAUUUGAGUCGAGACUCGAAGGCUAUGGCAAAGAACUGGAAACCUUCCGGAAGCGUGAAGUGAUGACCACAGAAGAAAUGAAGAAUAACGUGGAAAAGCUUCAUGAACUCUCCAAGAACCUAGAUCUUGCACUGACGGAAUUUGAGUUGAUCAACAAGGAGGAAGAACUGUUGGAGAAAGAGAAGAGUUCCUUCCCUCUUCUGCAAACCCUAAUGGUCAACAAAAUACCCUAUGAGCAGCUGUGGGUCACAGCCUACGAGUUCAGCAUUAAGUCGGAGGAGUGGAUGAACGGCCCCCUCCUUUUAUUGAACGCCGAGGAAAUCGCAGAGGAGAUUGGGAACAUGUGGAGGACGACGUACAAGUUGACCAAGUCCUUGUUAGAUGUGCCUGCUCCCCGGCGCUUAGCAGAGAACGUUAAGUUGAAGAUUGAAAAGUUCAAGCAGCACAUACCUGUCCUCAACAUCUCCUGCAACCCCGGCAUGAAGGAUCGGCACUGGCAGCAGAUCAGCGAGAUUGUUGGCUAUGAGGUAAAGCCCACAGAGACAACGUGCCUAGCGAACAUGCUGGAAUUUGGAUUUGGCAAAUUUGUUGAAAAGCUGGAGCCCAUUAGCGCAGCUGCCAGCAAGGAAUAUUCUCUGGAGAAAAACCUGGAGAAGAUGAAGAUGGACUGGGUCAACAUGACGUUCAGUUUCGUGAAAUACAGGGACACAGAUACAAACAUCUUGUGUGCGGUUGAUGACAUUCAACUGCUACUCGAUGAUCACGUGAUAAAGACCCAGACAAUGUGUGGCUCUGCAUUCAUCAAGCCAAUUGAAACAGAGACUCGGAAAUGGGAAGAAAAGCUAGUUCGGGUACAGGAAAAUUUGGACGCCUGGUUAAAAUGCCAAGUCACUUGGCUGUACCUGGAACCAAUCUUUAGCUCGGAGGACAUCAUAGCCCAGAUGCCAGAAGAGGGCAAGAAAUUUGGCACUGUGGACAGUUACUGGAAGUCACUGAUGGCUCAGGCGGUGAAAGAUACCAGGGUCCUGGUGGCAGCCGACCAGCCAAGAAUGACUGAGAAGCUUCAGGAAGCCAACCUUCUAUUGGAAGACAUCCAACGGGGGUUGAAUGAGUACCUGGAAAAGAAGAGACUCUUUUUCCCGAGGUUCUUCUUCCUGUCAAAUGAUGAACUUCUGGAGAUCUUGUCAGAGACAAAGGACCCACUCCGUGUGCAGCCACACUUGAAGAAGUGCUUUGAAGGAAUUGCCAAGCUGGAGUUCACAGACGACCUGGAAAUCACGGGCAUGGUCAGCUCAGAAAAAGAAACCGUCCCAUUCAUACAGACAAUCUACCCAGCAAAAGCCAAAGGCAUGGUGGAAAAGUGGCUGCAGCAGGUGGAGCAGGUGAUGCUGGCCAGCAUGCGGCAAGUUAUCGGAAAAGGAAUUGAAGCAUACGUGGAGGUCCCUCGUAAUGCCUGGGUCUUGCAGUGGCCUGGCCAGGUGGUUAUCUGUGUCUCCUCCAUCUUUUGGACCAAGGAGGUGUCUCAAGCCCUAGUUGAAGACACCCUGUCGGACUUUCUGAAGAAGAGCAAUGACCAGAUUGCAGAGAUUGUCGAGCUGGUGCGCGGGAAGCUGAGCAGUGGGGCAAGGCUCACUCUCGGGGCCCUCACUGUCAUCGAUGUCCAUGCCCGUGACGUGGUGGCCAAGCUGGCAAAGGAUCAGAUCACCAGUCUAAAUGAUUUCCAGUGGAUUUCACAGCUGCGGUACUACUGGGCGGCAAAGGACGUUCGUGUGCAGAUGAUAACCACAGAAGCCUUGUAUGGCUACGAGUACCUGGGCAAUUCCCCCCGCCUGGUGAUCACUCCUCUCACAGACCGCUGCUACAGGACUCUGAUGGGUGCUCUGAAGCUCAAUCUUGGAGGCGCUCCAGAGGGUCCAGCGGGGACAGGCAAGACAGAGACCACAAAAGAUCUGGCUAAAGCUUUGGCUAAGCAGUGUGUGGUCUUCAACUGCUCUGAUGGUUUGGAUUACAAAGCCAUGGGGAAGUUCUUCAAGGGACUGGCCCAAGCCGGAGCAUGGGCCUGUUUUGAUGAAUUCAACAGGAUUGAGGUGGAGGUACUAUCAGUGGUAGCCCAGCAGAUUCUCAGCAUCCAACAAGCCAUUAUCCGGAAGCUGAAGGUGUUCAUCUUUGAAGGCACUGAGCUCUCGCUGAACCCAACCUGUGCCGUCUUCAUCACCAUGAACCCUGGGUACGCUGGCAGGGCUGAGCUGCCAGAUAACCUCAAGGCCUUAUUCCGAACAGUGGCCAUGAUGGUGCCAGAUUAUGCUCUGAUUGGAGAAAUCUCCCUCUACUCCAUGGGCUUUCUGGACUCCAGGAGUCUUGCCCAGAAGAUUGUCGCCACCUACCGCCUGUGCUCUGAGCAGCUGUCAUCCCAGCACCACUACGACUAUGGCAUGCGGGCUGUCAAGUCAGUGCUCACAGCGGCCGGCAAUCUGAAGCUUAAGUACCCCGAGGAGAACGAAAGUGUUUUGCUGCUCCGGGCCUUGCUGGAUGUCAACCUGGCCAAGUUCCUGGCUCAAGACGUCCCCCUGUUUCAGGGAAUCAUCUCAGAUCUGUUUCCUGGAGUUGUUCUUCCAAAGCCAGACUAUGAAGUUUUCCUGGAAGCCCUGAACAACAACAUCAAAAAGAUGAAGCUUCAGCCAGUGCCUUGGUUUAUUGGGAAGAUUAUUCAGAUCUACGAGAUGAUGCUGGUAAGACACGGCUACAUGAUUGUUGGAGAUCCUAUGGGCGGCAAGACAUCGGCGUAUAAAGUUCUGGCUGCAGCUCUGGGUGAUUUAUAUGCAGCCAACCAGAUGGACGAGUUUGCUGUGGAGUUCAAGAUCAUCAACCCCAAGGCCAUCACAAUGGGGCAGCUGUAUGGAUGUUUUGACCCAGUGAGCCAUGAGUGGACGGACGGUGUCCUAGCCAACGCUUUCCGGGAACAAGCAUCUUCCAUGACUGAUGACCGCAAAUGGAUUAUAUUUGAUGGACCAGUGGAUGCUGUUUGGAUUGAAAAUAUGAACACUGUACUGGAUGACAACAAAAAGCUGUGUUUAAUGAGUGGCGAGAUCAUACAGAUGAGCCCCAAGAUGAGCCUGAUCUUUGAGCCAGCAGACUUGGAGCAGGCCUCCCCUGCCACCGUGAGCAGGUGUGGGAUGAUCUACAUGGAGGCCCACCAGCUGGGCUGGAAGCCCUUGAAGGACUCGUACAUGGACACUUUGCCCUCCAGCCUCACUAAGGAGCACGAGGAACUGGUGGAGGACAUGUUCACGUGGCUUGUCCAGCCCUGCCUGGACUUUAAUCGCCUCCAUGGCAAGUUUGUGGUGCAAACGUCUCCCAUCCACCUUGCCUUCUCCAUGAUGCGGCUGUACUCCUCUCUGCUUGAUGAGAUCAGGAGCGUGGAGGAGGAAGAAAGCGAGUUCUUUGAAGGUCUGUCAAGUCAGCAGAUCUUCCUCUGGCUGCAAGGGCUGUUUCUCUUCUCUUUGGUGUGGACGGUUGCGGGUACCAUCAAUGCUGAGAGCAGAAAGAAAUUUGAUGUGUUUUUCCGCAACCUGAUCAUGGGCAUAGAUGAUCGUUACCCAAGGCCCAAAAGUGUGAAACUCACCAAAAACAACAUCUUUCCAGAAAGAGGAAGCAUCUAUGAUUUUUACUUCCUCAAACAAGGUGGUGGACACUGGAAUGCAUGGACAGAAUAUAUCACCAAAGAAGAGGAGACUAUCCCUGCAAACGCAAAGGUAUCAGACCUCAUCAUCCCCACAAUGGAGACUGCCCGGCAAUCCUUCUUCCUAAAAACCUACCUGGACCAUGAGAUCCCGAUACUGUUCGUGGGUCCUACAGGCACUGGCAAAUCAGCCAUCACCAACAACUUCCUUCUCCACCUUCCCAAAAAUAUCUACUUGCCCAACUUCAUCAAUUUCUCUGCCAGAACUUCAGCCAACCAGACCCAAGAUAUCAUCAUGGCUAAGCUGGAUCGCCGGCGGAAAGGCCUUUUCGGGCCUCCCAUAGGGAAGAAGGCGGUGGUGUUUGUAGAUGACCUCAACAUGCCAGCCAAAGAGGUGUAUGGAGCCCAGCCCCCCAUCGAACUGCUGAGACAAUGGAUUGACCAUGGUUACUGGUUUGACAAAAAAGACACAAACAGGCUGGACAUUGUAGAUGUUCUGCUUGUGACUGCCAUGGGCCCCCCUGGUGGAGGAAGGAAUGAUAUCACUGGACGAUUCACUCGCCAUCUUAACAUCAUUUCCAUCAACGCCUUUGAAGAUGACAUCUUAACCAAGAUUUUCAGUUCUAUCUCUGACUGGCACUUUGGGAAAGGGUUUGAUGUCCUAUUCUUACGGUAUGGGAAGAUGCUGGUCCAAGCGACUCAGACGAUUUACAGAGCUGCAGUUCAGAACUUCUUGCCAACUCCCUCCAAGUCACACUAUGUCUUUAACCUUCGGGAUUUUUCACGGGUGAUCCAGGGGGUACUGCUGUGCCCGCACACCCACCUGCAGGACUUGGAAAAAUUUAUCCGGCUUUGGAUCCAUGAGGUUUACCGAGUCUUUUAUGACCGUCUGAUUGACAAUGAGGACAGACAGACUUUCUUCAACCUGGUGAAGGAAACCACCUCCAAUUGCUUCAAACAGACCAUGGAGAAGGUGCUUAUCCACUUAUCUCCCACCGGGAAGAUAGUAGACGAUAAUAUCCGGAGCCUCUUCUUCGGGGAUUUUUUGAAGCCGGACCGUGACCAGAAAAUCUAUGAUGAGAUCACGGACCUGAAACUCCUCACGGGGGUCAUGGAGUACUAUCUGGAAGAGUUCAACAGCGUCAGCAAGGCCCCCAUGUCUUUGGUCAUGUUCAAGUUUGCCAUCGAACACAUCUCCAGGAUCUGUAGAGUCCUGAAGCAGAACAAAGGCCACUUGCUCCUGGUGGGCAUUGGGGGCAGUGGGCGGCAGAGUGCCACCAAGCUGUCCACCUUCAUGAACUCAUACGAGCUCUACCAGAUCGAAAUCACAAAGAAUUACACAGGCAACGACUGGAGGGAGGACUUGAAAAAGAUAAUGCUGCAGUCCGGAGUGGCCACCAAGAGCACCGUGUUCCUCUUCUCGGAUAACCAGAUCAAGGAUGAGUCAUUUGUGGAGGACAUCAACAUGCUUCUGAACACAGGUGAUGUGCCCAAUAUCUUCCCGGCGGAUGAGAAGGCUGAACUUGUGGAAAAGAUGCAGACGGCAGCCAGGACGGAGGGAGAGAAGAUUGAAGCCACUCCCCUGUCCAUGUACAACUUCUUUAUUGAGAGAGUGAGGAAGAACCUUCACAUUGUCCUUGCCAUGAGUCCGAUCGGGGAUGCCUUCAGAACACGCCUGAGGAUGUUCCCUUCCCUGAUCAACUGCUGCACAAUUGACUGGUUCCAGGCCUGGCCGACCGAUGCCCUGGAGCUGGUGGCCAACAAAUUUCUUGAGGACGUGGAGCUCGAUGACAGCAUUCGGACAGAGGUCGUCUCCAUGUGCAAAUACUUCCAGGAGAGCGUGAAGGCGCUGUCUGUUGAUUAUUACAACACACUUCUGAGACACAACUAUGUGACCCCUACCUCCUACCUGGAACUGAUCCUGACCUUCAAAACGCUCCUGAAUAGCAAGAGACAAGAGGUGGACACAAUGAGGAACCGCUACUUGGCAGGCUUGCAGAAGCUGGAAUUUGCAUCUUCUCAAGUGGCCGUCAUGCAAGUGGAGCUCACCGCCCUUCAACCUCAGCUCAUUCUCACCUCUGAGGAGACCGCGAAGAUGAUGGUGAAAAUCGAAGCAGAGACCAGAGAAGCAGAUGCCAAGAAACUUCUGGUGCAGGCAGAUGAAAAGGAAGCUAACGCCGCCGCCGCCGUCUCUCAAGCCAUCAAGAAUGAAUGUGAGGGGGACCUGGCUGAGGCCAUGCCAGCACUGGAGGCUGCACUCGCUGCCCUUGACACCCUGAACCCGGCUGACAUCACCUUGGUGAAGUCCAUGCAGAAUCCACCAGGCCCUGUCAAGCUGGUUAUGGAGAGCAUUUGCGUCAUGAAGGGGCUGAAGCCAGAGAGAAAGCCAGACCCCAGUGGCUCAGGUAAGAUGAUAGAAGAUUACUGGGGGGUGUCAAGAAAGAUCCUUGGAGACCUAAAGUUCUUGGAAAGUCUUAAGACGUAUGACAAAGACAACAUCCCUUCGGUCAUCAUGAAGCGAAUCCGGGAAAGGUUCAUCGACCACCCUGAUUUCCAGCCAGCAGUCAUUAAAAAUGUGUCCUCCGCCUGUGAGGGCCUGUGCAAGUGGGUGAGGGCCAUGGAAGUAUAUGACCGCGUGGCCAAGGUGGUGGCUCCCAAAAGGGAGCGACUGAAGGAGGCUGAAGGGAAGUUGGAGAUACAGAUGCAGAAACUGAACCAGAAACGGGCAGAACUGAAGCUGGUGAUAGACAGGCUCCAGGCCCUGAAUGACGACUUUGAAGAGAUGAACGUCAAGAAAAAUGUACUGGAGGGGAAUAUCAAGAUCUGCUCCCAGAAGCUGAUCAGGGCGGAGAAGCUGAUCAGUGGUCUUGGUGGAGAGAAGGACAGAUGGACAGAAGCAGCCCGGCAGCUGGGGAUCCGAUAUGAUAACCUGACGGGGGACGUGCUGCUGUCCUCUGGGACUGUGGCGUACCUGGGUGCCUUCACGGUGGAUUAUCGGGCUCAGUGCCAGAAGGAAUGGUUGGAUUGCUGUAAGGAUAAGGUCAUUCCCGGCUCCACUGACUUCAGCCUCAGCCACACCUUAGGGGACCCCAUAAAAAUCCGUGCCUGGCAGAUUGCCGGGCUUCCUGUUGACUCCUUCUCGGUUGACAAUGGCAUCAUCGUGUCCAACUCCAGACGCUGGCCCUUGAUGAUUGACCCUCAGGGACAGGCCAAUAAGUGGGUGAAGAACAUGGAAAAAACAAACAAACUCUCUGUCAUCAAGUUAUCUGACACCAACUACGUGAGGACUCUGGAAAACGCCCUGCAGUUGGGCACCCCUGUCUUACUGGAGAACGUUGGGGAGGAGCUGGAUGCCUUCAUUGAGCCCAUCUUGCUCAAGGCAACAUUCAAACAGCAAGGGGUUGAGUACAUGAGACUUGGUGAAAAUAUCAUCGAAUACUCAAGGGAUUUUAAGUUCUACAUCACCACUCGUCUGAGGAAUCCACAUUAUCUCCCCGAAAUCGCCGUGAAAGUCUGUCUCCUCAACUUCAUGAUCACACCCUUGGGGCUCCAAGAUCAACUCCUUGGCAUCGUGGCUGCCAAGGAGAAGCCAGAACUAGAAGAAAAAAAGAACAAACUGAUUUUAGAAAGUGCCGAGAAUAAGAAGCAACUAAAGGAAAUCGAAGAUAAGAUUCUAGAGGUCCUCUCCCUGUCCGAGGGCAACAUCCUGGAAGACGAGACUGCCAUCAAGGUUCUGUCCUCUUCCAAAGAGCUGUCUGAGGAAAUCUCUGAGAAGCAGAAGAUAGCCUCGGUGACAGAAACACAGAUCGACGAGACGCGGAUGGGCUACAAGCCUGUGGCUCUUCACUCUGCCACCAUCUUCUUCUGUAUCUCCGACCUGGCCCACAUCGAGCCGAUGUACCAGUACUCUCUGACUUGGUUCAUCAACCUCUACGUGCAGUCCCUAGCCAACAGCACCAAGAGCGAGGAGCUGGACCUGCGCAUCGAGUACAUCAUCGAACAUUUCACCCUGAGCAUCUACAACAACGUGUGCCGCUCCCUGUUUGAGAAGGACAAGCUGCUUUUCUCCCUCCUCCUGACGGUUGGCCUCUUGAAGGAAAAAAAGAUCAUCAACGAGGAGGUUUGGUACUUCCUUCUAACUGGAGGUGUGGCCCUGGAUAACCCCUUCCCCAAUCCAGCUCCUGAAUGGUUGUCGGAGAAGUCCUGGGGUGAGAUUGUUCGAGCCUCCUCCUUACCAAGACUGAAAGGUCUGAUGGAAGACGUGGAACAGAAUAUCGAGGAAUGGAAGCACAUUUAUGACUCAGCCUGGCCCCACGAGGAGACUCUCCCUCCGCCUUGGAAGUUCCUUCAAACCCUGGAAAGGAUGGCGAUCCUACGGUGUUUGCGGCCUGACAAGAUGGUCCCCGCCAUUCAGGACUUCAUUUGUGAAAACAUGGGAAAGGUAUUCAUUGAAGCCCCGACCUUUGAUCUCCAGGGAUCCUACGGCGAUUCCAGUUGUUGUGCACCACUGAUUUUUGUACUGUCUCCAGGCGCAGACCCAAUGGCAGGUCUGCUGAAGUUUGCAGAUGAUGUUGGCAUGGGAGGCACCAAAACACAGACCAUCUCCCUUGGCCAAGGCCAAGGCCCUAUUGCUGCCAAAAUGAUCCACAAAGCCAUCCAAGACGGGACCUGGGUGGUCCUUCAGAACUGCCACCUGGCGACAAGUUGGAUGCCUGCGCUGGAGAAGAUCUGUGAGGAGGUUAUCACCCCUGAAAACACCAAGUCGGAAUUCAGACUCUGGCUCACUAGCUAUCCGUCGGAGAAGUUUCCUGUCAGCAUUCUUCAGAAUGGGAUCAAAAUGACCAACGAGCCUCCCAAGGGGCUCAGGGCCAACCUUCUCCGUUCCUACCUCAAUGACCCGGUCUCAGACCCCGUGUUCUUUCAAAGCUGUACAAAGCCGGUGAUGUGGCAGAAGCUGUUGUUUGGGCUUUGCUUCUUCCACGCUAUUGUCCAAGAGAGGAGGAACUACGGAGCCUUAGGUUGGAACAUCCCCUAUGAAUUCAAUGAAUCUGACCUGAGGAUUAGCAUGCGGCAGAUCCAGAUGUUUCUCAAUGAUUACAAGGAGGUGCCCUUUGAAGCGCUGACCUACCUUACAGGGGAAUGUAAUUAUGGGGGCAGAGUGACUGACGACAAAGACAGGCGUCUCCUGCUGUCCCUCCUGUCCACAUUCUACUGUAAGGAAAUUGAGACGGAUCGCUACUACAUUGCUCCUGGAGACACUUACUACAUCCCUCCCUUUGGCACCUACCAGUCCUACAUUGAGUACCUCAGGACCCUCCCCAUCACAGCACACCCGGAAGUAUUCGGGCUCCAUGAGAAUGCUGACAUCACCAAGGACAACCAGGAAACCAACCAACUCUUCCAAGGAGUGCUGUUGACCCUGCCGAGACAAUCGGGAGGGAGUGGAAAGUCCCCUCAGGAAGUGGUUGAAGAACUGGCCCAGGAUAUAUUGUCCAAGCUUCCUAGCGACUUUAACCUUGAAGAGGUAAUGAAGAUGUACCCCGUGGUCUAUGAGGAGUCUAUGAAUACCGUCCUAAGGCAGGAGCUCAUCAGAUUCAACAGGCUGACCAAAGUGGUUCGCAGAAGCCUUAUUGAUCUUGGCCGUGCCAUCAAAGGACAAGUCCUAAUGUCCUCAGAGCUGGAGGAAGUCUUCAAUAGUAUGCUUGUGGGUAAAGUGCCAGCCAUGUGGGCAGCCAAGUCCUACCCAUCACUGAAGCCACUGGGGGGCUACGUGGCUGACCUAUUGGCCCGUCUGACCUUCUUCCAGGAAUGGAUCAUUAAAGGCCCCCCUGUGGUCUUUUGGAUCUCUGGAUUCUACUUUACACAGUCUUUCUUGACGGGAGUUUCUCAGAAUUAUGCCAGGAAAUACACCAUCCCCAUUGACCACAUCGGAUUUGAAUUUGAGGUAACCACACAGGAAACAGCUAUGGAGAAUAGCCCAGAAGAUGGGGCCUACAUCAAAGGGCUUUUCCUUGAAGGUGCCCGUUGGGACAGGAAAAUGAUGCAGAUUGGAGAAUCUUUCCCCAAAAUCCUCUAUGACCCCUUACCCAUCAUUUGGCUGAAACCCGGAGAUAGUGCCUCAUUCCUGCAUCAGGACAUUUAUGUGUGUCCAGUGUAUAAGACAAGUGCCCGGAGAGGGACCCUCUCGACCACUGGCCACUCUACUAACUACGUCCUGUCCAUUGAACUUCCGACAGACUUGCCCCAGAAACACUGGAUAAACCGAGGCGUGGCCUCAUUGUGUCAGCUGGAUAACUGACGGCAAGGGUCUUAAAAUCGAGAGUAAAUGGCAUUUUAUUCUCCAUUACAAGACAGCCUUUCUUUCUUCAGCUGUAUAGUAUGAAGGUGAUGAUGAUGCAAUAAUUACAUCAAUGGAGGUGGAAAUUUUAUAGCAGCCAUAUAAAGCAGGUUAUUAUCAUUAUUAUUCUUACUUUUUUUAUGGCUGCAGAGAAGAUAGGUAAUUCCUCCACAUCAGAUAUCAGAGACUUACUACAUUGGAACACAGGUAGUGUGAUUCUCCACCUAAGCUUUUGGUCAUUUGACUUAAGCUUGCUUAGAGUUAUUAAUAUUUACUUUGGGUUUGGCUGUAACUGUCACACAAUUUCAGUCACUGCUUUCCCUGACUUGCACAGCCAUCAAGGCCCCAUUAGAGAUUUGGAAGGGCUUGAAUAUUUUUUUUAAGGCUCUUGGUAUAUUUUGUAAAGACUAUUUUGUGUGGACGUGUCUGAAUGUGGGUAUGUACAUGUGAGUUCAGGUGCCCAAGGUCAGAAGAGGGCAUCAGAUCUCUGGAAACAGAGUGGCAAACACUUGAGCGCUGCUCCGUGCGUUCUGAGAACGAACCCAGGUCCUCCGCAGGAGCAACAAGUGCUCUUAGUCACUGAGUCACACCAGGCUUCACCUGCUGUAUUUUAACCACACCCCCUACAACGACCUUAGGUGGUAAGGAUUAUCAUCACUUCUACUUUACUGGUGCAAAUUAGGUUCCAGUCAGUCAGUGGUAGAAGUUCAGCUACUGCUUGGUGCCAAGGAUGGAGCCCAUGGCCUUAAUCACUCUAGGUGAGCACUCUGCUGAACUCCAGUUCCUGGCUAAGCUUCAGCUGCUCUUCUAUCAGUCACGUGGAUGGGCUAACUUCACCCCGGAGAGAUGAGAGUAGCCUAUUUGUUGUUUGCCUAUCGUGUGCAGGUUUUGUGCCCACGCCUUUGGCUAACUUGCUCACUCCUGUGCGCUGGAAAUAAUUGUCCCCACCACCUGGUUGCUGGGGAAGAGGACAAAGCCUGCCUAAGAAUAACACAACUCUUCCGCACUGCACAGCCAGGUGGAGGUUCCCUGGCUCUUGAAUCCAUGUCUGCUCCACUGCUACAUGCGGCUUCCACGCCAACGAGUUGGAAGAGACUAGUUCCAGCCGCAUGACUGUGUCCAAGGAAUUUCCAUCCCUAGUUUCUCUCUGGAAAGAGACAAAAACAUUGAAUUCCUGAUAUUCUUCCCUGACUCUCUCGUGUAGCUUUAGGCUCUAAGUGGCUUUAUUCGGGGUGAGGAGAGUGGAGCAGAUGUGGGUUGUAUGGUGUGGCUUUCCUGCCUCUUUGCUAGAAACAAAUGCCUUGAUUCAGGCCCUGUGACUUUUCCUGAAUGUGGCGAGCCUCCGAGAAUGAAAUAAAGGUACUCCAGAAAACGUUAGUUUCAAUUUCUUCAUGGUGCCAAGCAAAUUCUGAGAUGAGCAAGCUAGCCAAGUGCCCAGAAAGAGUAUGUGUAUCGUAAAGUGAGAAAGUACACUCCUACUCAAAGUAGGUCACUAAAGGGAUUUUUAAGGAAAGAAGUAUAAUCCUUGCCAAUAUGUAGAUAAAUCAGAAUGAACUGAUAGCUAGUACUGUAUCAUUCCAAAUAAUACAGUCGGUCAUGUGAGACAGUAAGAUGGUUAGGACCCAAACCCAUAACUCUUGGGAGGGUAGCUCAGCCAUAUUGCAGGCUGCAGAAGAGCUGGCACGAGGGACUGCUAAGAGAACAAAUGAAUUUUAAUUAUAGAUCUCCAACUCCAACUUUAUUCAGCACCAAAAAGCUAAGAGAGGCAAGGGCUGUCUCAUUCCUCAGGGGUCAAGGGAUAGAAUGUUUUUGCAUGAUGGAUGAUUAUUUUUGAAAUGUAAAAUAUUUCCUCUGCUUUGAAAACAAAGAUUGCCUUAAA